AUGUCUUCCACUAAUAUAUAUUCACAGCUAGGAAAAAUGGCGAGUCUGAGAUCAGGCAGUGGGGUGCAGGUGGUAACUCCUAGUGAAGACCACACAUUUCUGUUGGAUGAAGAAGCUCUCCAGAAGCUGUUGCUGCGUCCGGACGUGAAGGACCGGCCGGUGGUGCUGCUGUCCGUGGCGGGAGCCUACAGGAAGGGGAAGUCAUUUCUCCUCGACUUUUUCUUACGAUAUUUGGAUCACACGUACAACAAUGGAGACGGAGGCGGUGAGUGGUUGGGAACAGAGGAUGAGGCCCUGAAGGGGUUCCCAUGGCUCGGUGGCUCCGAGCGGCACACUACUGGCAUCCAUCUCUGGUCACAACCCUUCAAGGCCACCACUUCCAGUGGGGAAAAGGUGGUGAUCCUCCUGAUGGACACGCAGGGCACCUUCGACAGUAACUCUACGGUGAAGGACAACGCCACGGUGUUCGCACUGUCCACCAUGUUGUCCUCUGUCCUCAUCUACAAUCUCUCGCAAAAUAUCGAAGAAGAUGACUUGCAGCAUUUACAGUUAUUCACAGAGUACGGACGGGUGGCGCUGGAUGAGACGGGAGGCAAACCGUUCCAGCGCCUUCAGUUCCUCGUGAGGGACUGGUCCUUCGCAUACGAUCAUCCAUACGGACCGGUUGGAGGAGAACAGCUGCUCAAGAAACGACUUCUGGUCCGUGACACCCAACACGAAGAGUUGCAGAAAGUGCGUCAAGAUAUCGCGCGCUGCUUCGAGGAAGUCACCUGCUUCCUGCUGCCGCAUCCGGGACUCAAAGUGUCCACUGACCCUCACUUUAUAGGAAAACUGUCUGACAUUGAUCCUGAAUUUAAGUCGUGCUUGAAGAAGCUGGUGCCAAUGUUACUGGCGCCUGAGAACUUGGUCCCUAAACAGAUUGGAGGACAGAAGGUGAAGGCACGCGACCUUCUGAACUACUUCAAGAGCUACGUGGACGUGUUCAAUAGCGAGGAGCUGCCCAACCCCAUGACUAUACUGCAGGCGACUGCAGAAGCAAACAACACAUCAGCAUCAUCAGAAGCGCGCAACGUGUAUGAGACGCUCAUGGACGAGAUCUGUGGCGGCACCAAGCCAUACCUACCACAACAAGUGCUGGAACAGGAACAUCACAAGUGUCUCAACAAGGCACUGCACUCCUUCGACAGUAAGAAGAAGAUGGGAGGCGAGGAGAUGGCCACCAAGUUCAAACAAUUACUUGUCAAGGAUCUAGAGGACCUGUUCGAUCAGUUGAAGGCGCACAACGAGAGCAAGAACAUGUACCGAAUGUUCAGUACUCCCGCGGUGUUCGCGGCGCUAUUCCUGUGUGGGUACUUGCUGAGCGUGCUCGGCGACACCUUCAGAGUUCAGACGCUCGUUGCAAUCGGACAGGCCGUCACCAUCGGGGCUGCUGUCAUGCUUGGAGUCUGGAUCUAUACUAGGAUGACAGGCAAUUUACGAGAGGUGGGGAUACAACUAGAUGACAUAGCAAACAAGAUACGAUCCUUUCAGUGGCCGGGCGGGCGACAGUGCGGGGGCCCGCGCCGCCAUCACAACACCUUGUGCUUCCCGUUCUGCGCGGGCGGGGCGGGCCCGCUGCCGCCGCCCAGCGCGCGCUCCGCCGCCGCCGCCGCCGCGUGCUCCAUGCCCUUCUCGAUACACGCCUGGUACGUCGGCUUCAUUAGCUGGAAAACACAUACAAUAUUAAUAACGAGUCUAACAAAAGUGUCUCCAAUGACAUUGCUAUACUGUUUAUAA